UCUUCAACGAUCCACCCCGCCUACAUCCAUCCGGGCCAUCAGCGCAGAGUUCUGGGUGUUUUCCGUCCACAGUCCCGCUGGCGUAUAACUGGUUUCAGCUCAAUAACGAGCAGAGAUCAUGCUUGGAUCUAAAAUGUUCACUUUGGCACUUUUUGCGCUGCUGUGCCCGGGACCGACGCAGAGCCGCGACACUCACUCCCUCCAUUACAUCUACACGGCGCUCUCCAAACCCGUCGGCCUCCCGGGCAUCCACGAGUUCACAGCCAUGGGUUUGCUGGACGGCAGGAUGAUCGACUACUUUGACAGCGAGCAUCAGGCAAAGGUUCCCAAACAGCAGUGGAUGAGAGAGCGUUUACCUGCUGAUUACUGGGAUAAAGGCACACAGUCCCGCAAGAGCAAGCAGCAGUGGUUCAAGGUCAACAUCGGCAUCCUGAUGGAGCGAAUGAGACAGAAUGACUCAGGCACCCCUCAUAUUCUUCAGUGGAUGCACGGCUGUGAGGGUGAAACUCAGCCUGACGGCACGCUCAGGUUUGUCCGAGGCAUGGACAUGUACAGCUACGACGGAGACGACUUCCUGUCCUUCGAUGGUAAAAACGAAGUGUGGGUCGCUCCGACUCCACAGGCACUUUCCACCAAGAGGAAGUGGGACAAUCAAACGGUCCUGAAAGAGUACACCAAGGGAUACCUGGAGAACGAGUGCAUCGAUUGGCUGAGCAAGUUUGUGAAUUACGGGAAAGAAAAGCUCAAAUCUGUGCCUGAGGUUUACGUGUUUGCAAAGUGCUCCACAGUGGAUACAAACGUGGUGCUGACCUGCCUCGCCACAGGCUUCUACCCAGCGGAGCUCACAGUGACGAUCAGAAGGAACGGACGUGUCCUGACUGCAGACGACGGCCUGAUGAGCUCAGGACUUCUUCCAAAUCACGAUGAAACCUUCCAGAGGAGAGACAAUGUGGAGGUUUUAAAGUCUGAUGUGUCUGUGUUCAGCUGUGAGGUCAGACACGAGGCGACCAAUGAGCAUGCUGUGAAGGACUGGGACGAUCGUCUGCUCCCAGACUCUGAAGGAAGCUCAGUUCACAUCCUCGUUGCUGCUGUGGUCGUCCCGUUCGUGCUCGUUGGUGUCGCCGCGGUUCUCCUGUUUCUGUAUAAAAACCUCAACAAAAGAUGUUGGAGCUAACAGCCAGAGUCAUGUGACUCCUCUGAAUCCAACACAUGGCUUUUAAAAAGUGUUCCUGCCCCUUUAAGCUGAACCUCCAUCACAGGGACAUUUGAAUGAGCCUGCUCUAAGAAAGUUUAAGAGAUUUCCUCGGUAAAAAAGUCGGAUCAUUUUUAAAGGUGCUUUGUAAAUACAUAUUGUCAGCAUGCUUCACUCAAACCAAACUCUUACAGCAGGUUUGUGCAGCAGCAGGAAUAAAAUACAUGCUAAAUCUGCUUCAUCUUCAUAUAAAUGUGACAAAAUGCUUUUAAAGAAGAUGGAUCGUAACGUCAGAGCCUGAGGAACUGUUCACAGCUCAGAGUUUGAGUCGCAGCCUGAUCACUCAUCAAGUUUCAGUGUCAAACCAGGUGGGAGGAAGUAUUUUAAAAAUGUUUAUUAUUUUAAAUUCAUUAUUUAAAAUGUUAUUUUAUGUGCCACAGUAGCCUCUGGACUGUUUCCUCAUUACAAUCGAUUUGCCAUCAGAAAUAAAGCAGCGUGUUGUUUCUGUCUGCAAACUGA